AUGAAUCUCUACCGCAUGGCCCCCUCAAACCUCCUCAGCCUCGAGGCUGAAGUCCUUGCCCAUGUCCUCACGUACGUUGACGAUGAAUCUCCUCGCACCACAGCAGCGGUGGCUCGAACCUGCCAAUACCUCCACUACGUCGCCAGGCUUGUCCGCUAUCGUCGCGCCACCAUUCACUGGGACAACGGGCUCCAGAGCUGGGUGAACCCAUUCGGUCGGCCACAAAAGGAAUGGGAAACGCCCGAAUUCCUCCAAGGCUUGCGAGAGCUCACGGUCUGCAAGAUCGAGCCCCCUCCGGUCGUUGAUGGCCCCCCUGUUCACGCUUCACCCACGUCCAGAGAACUCUGCGACUCGUUUAACCAAUUGGAGAGCGUGCUCCGCAAUGCCAGCAACCUGAAAACCUUGGUUUGGAAAGUUGGCUAUCUGCCCAGCGAGAUCAUUGUCGAGACGUUGCAGGCCCAUCAGCCAAAUGCAAGACUAGACAUUUUCCGCGGCAGGAGACUUGCCGAUACAGAUGUACCCCUAGAGUCAGAGAAGGUGCUGGCGGCCGCGACAUGCCUGAACUCAUUGUCGAUGAGUACUACAGAAACCACACGUGUCCACGACCACUUGGUCUUCCACAUGAUCUUGAGAUCGGCGCCGAACCUGAGAUUCGUCUCGAUGAUCUCACAUCCUCAAAUGCAGCCGUUCAGCCCCGCAGUCAGUUCCCUCCGAACCGAUCUUGACAGUUGGUUUCCGCCAGACCAAGGGUCGAAGCGGAGUUCGUCACUUCGUCACCUGACCUUAGACGGUUGGGGGAUAUCUGCUAAUACCCUGCAUUUCUGGUCGCAGUACGCCGACCUCGCGCUCCUGACGAGCCUGAAGGUUAGCAGGGGUCCUCUCCAUCAGUCAUUUUUUCAACACGCCCCUCAAAUCUUGCCGAAUUUGAAGAGUUUCGUCAUCAACCUUGCCGCGGGGGAACCUUCCAUGGCAUUUCUCGUCGCGGCACACGGCUAUCUUGCCACCUGCCCGCCUUUGGUGAAUUUGAGUGUCUGGUCGUGGAGGGGAAAAGUCCCGCUGCCCACCAUCCUGGAUCAACAUGGAGCCACCCUCGAAGACCUCCAACUCCACCAGUGCGAAAAAUUCACUGAUCUGGUUUUGAGAGAGCCUCUCUCCGUAGAGGAACUUCGAUCUAUCCGACAGUCCUGUCCGAGACUGAGGGUGCUUACUUUUGAUCUCAAUAGAGCCUCACCGGAACUCACAAUCCAAGAUUAUGAGGGUAUAUUCGGCGAGCUCCGCAAGUUCAAGCUCGACAGAAUCCAGAUUUAUUUCGACAGCGGUGUGCAAUGGUUAUAUCUCACGAGGCACUUGUCAGGAUACGGCCGGGGAACAGCGAAGCACCGCAUGGGCCCGUGCAUACCACCACUUCGGUCAGCAAGUGAUGUCUGGCUUCCAACAGGAUGUCCGGCCGACUCUGAUUUUGAAGGUGCUCCGCCUUUCACAAUCGAGAAAGGAGACCCAGGUUGGUGGGAUCCUGCCAGACCUGACAACGACAGCAACGUCAAACAGCCGCCAUCUCCGCACAGGGCCAUCUGCCGCUUUCUGAUCCAAGCUUGGAAGACCAUCUUUGGCUCCCACACCUCGGGUCCACGACAACUCGAGCUCAAGUUUGGGGAGUGGGAGGGGAGACAUCCUUCUUUUCUCAACAUGAGGGACGUUAGACUCUGUGGUCGAGCUAGACCUCACGAGAGGGACGAUAUGGUUGGGGAAUGCUUCGUUGAGCUCGACUGCUGUGGUAAUGAUCAUCACCGGAAAUUCUCUAGCGUGCAGACUGGUCACUAA